AUGUUGAAGUGGGUCCAAGGAGGAUCAGUUGAUAAGACCGUUGAGAACAAGAAUCCGUACGGGAAGUUGACAAAGGAUGAUUUGUCUUGGAAGGCGCCGUACUCGUCCAAUGUUGAGACGCAGACUUUUUAUUUCCAUUCGCAAUCGGGUUAUUACGGUUUUGUCCAGGUGAUCCAUUCGAAUCCAGUCGGUAUACAUUUCACUGCUCAAUUUACUUGUUUAGUGGUGAAUGAUAGCAAGCCCGAUUUUAAGGUGUGGACUUCCACUCAUUUGGAGAACUUUGUUGCUAAGGGCACUGAGUUCACGGCUGAUGGGCUCAGUAUCAGUUUGAACGAGUCCGAGGAUGAGUAUACAAUCACGUCUGUUGUCAAUGAAGAAUCGUUAGUCGAACUUAAGAUUAAACGGGAGAGUGAUGGGUUUAAAAUCGGGGCUGAUGGUACUAGUGUUUAUGGCGAGGAUCUGAACAAUCCAUGGGGAUCGAUGAGACAUGUAUUCUGGCCCCGAUGCUUGGCUUCUGGUAAGAUUGUUGUCAAUAGUAAGGGCAAUAAUGGCACUGAUAAUGUCGAUGGAUCGGCUGCUAGCUCGACUGACGCUCCUGCUGCUGAUAGAGACCAGCUGGAAAUCGCGUUCAACAACGAGUCGGCUAUGUAUGUCAUGGCUUUACAGGGCAUGAAACCUCAUCAUGCUGCUGCUAAGUGGAACUUUUUGAAUUUCCAGGGUCCUACUAUCUCGGCAGUGGUGAUGCAGUUUACUACCCCUCCUUCUUAUGGAGAUCAGACCUCGUCUGUUGGCGGAAUUGUUAAAGAUGGUAAACUGAUUGCUACUGCUGUGGACUGUCAAGUCGAGCAUCAGGAGACUAAAGUGGACGAGGUCGGAUGGCCCGCUCCUCAUAAAAUCGAGUUUAAACUGGCCGGGCCUAAAAUCGAGACUCCUGACGCUGAGAUUGGUAGUGAGCCUGCUGUGACUGCUCAAGUGUACGGAGCCCUUGACAAGUUGGUCGACCGGGUUGAUGUCAUGGCCGAGAUCCCCUCGUUCGUCAAGCGCGUGGUGUCGGGUGUGUCAGGCGCCAAGCCAUAUAUUUAUCAGUACAAGAACAAACUCACCAUCAAACUGUCCGUCGACGGCAAAGACUACGAAGAAGACGGAUACGCCUUCAGCGAGGCUACCUUUAUCUCAUAA